AUUGCAAAUUUCCAAAUAUUAGAGAACUAAAUUCAUGUAAAAUGACUAUUUUGUCCUUCAUUUCGAAUAAAUAUAGUAUAAAAGAGAAAUUAUUUAUAUACAUAAUGGUCAUUUAAAUGAACAAUGUAUUUUUUUUUCUUAUUUUUUUCGACAAAAUUGCAAGUUUGGUCCCUGUGGUAUGUCAAAAAUUGGAUGUUUGGUCCAAAAAGUUUUGGGGUUGUACUGGUGGUCCAAAAGCUUUGAUUUGUUGUGGAAUUGGUCCAAAGGCUUAACAGCCGUCUACCCCCUCCGUCUGUGUGAGGGUAUUUUUGUCAAUUCACGCUCAUUCAUUUGAUAUCUUAUUAAAUUAAACCUCAUCAUCCUAAUUAAUUGAUACCUGCCGCCAAAUCCUCUGUGCAUUUCGUCGAUCGACUCUCCUGUCACUUUCAUCUUCAUUCGUUACCCAGAAGCCCUAACCUCCAAGUUGAGUUUUUUAUUGUGAUCGGUGUUAUUUCAGUGUAUGAACAUACCAAUGUGGAAUAUAAGGCUCUUAGACAAACCGUUCAACGCAAAGGUGGCUUAUGAUGGCCACCCAACAUUAUUUACCAUCAAGCUAUACCAUGGAGGUGAGUUCACCAAGUUUCCUGAUGUUCAAUACAUUGACGGAAGUGUGAACUAUGUUGACAUGGUGGAUAUAGACACGUUUUCAGUUCAUGAGUUGGAUGCUAUCAUGAAAGGGUUCAGGUACGGUGUUCCUCCUGUGAUUUACUAUCACUUCCUUAUGCCUGGUGGAGACUUCCACUUUGGUCUUAAACCCUUAGGCAAUGAUGAUAAUUUACGAACUUUUGCCCAAUAUGUGUGUGAUCACAAAAUCAUGAGGGUAUAUACUAAACAUGGUGAGACAAAGUUACUUACCUACUUUAUGAAUCCUAAACCUGUUAAGAAGGUAACUAUUGUACAAAUGGAUGAAAUAGAUGAAAAUGAUGAUAAUGAAAACCACACAGCUGAGGUACAAGAAUUUCCAAGCCCACCUAGAUCAUCCCCUGUUGAGGUUGAGGUACAACCAUUACAUGUCGAGGUUCAUGAUAGACAAAAAGAGCUUAUUGCCAAUGACUUUAUGGAGGUAGCUACAUAA